UUUUACCUAAAUUUCGCAUCUUUUAUAUCAAGAUGCUAUUAAAACUGUUUAUUUUCAGCGUUUCUUAUCUCACUGUAAUAGCCCUCCAGCCAAAUCACAAUUUGCCCUUCAUCCCACUUACCUGCCCCUUAGAAUGGAAACCCCACAAUCAAGGAAAUCCCUUUCCCAGCGACCACAUCCCACUUAACAGCAAAAAUAGAAACCCUAAUGCCAUAACUCGUACAAAAUUAUUUGGAAAAAAUAUUCUCGCAUUUUUGGAUAAAAAUCAGAUCGCACACUCAAUACGAAAUGGACAACACUUUUCAAACUGGUCAUACGAUGUUCUUACAAAUCCACACAAUUGUCUGAUCGAAUGGGUUCCAUCCCACAAUAAAAGUAUGGUUGCUUUCAGUGUAAAUAUUUCUACAGAUUCGACAAGUAUUGGAAGAAAGCUUUCUUCAACACAAUGGCAACUAUGCACAAUCAGUCAAGGAAAAUGUGCGUACAAUAACAGUGGAAACAUGCAAAAAACCCCGAAUUUUCAUCGACUCCUCAGCUACACUCCACUCUCCAUGAAAUUCACCAACCUCUCCUACACCGUCGUGGAAGACUUCUUCGACAUUCAAGUCAUCGGAACCGACAUGAUCCAAAACAAAGCCGAUGUCAGCUUACGCCAAUCAAUAUCACAUUCAAAAAUGGUGACGAAAACUUUAAAUUGGGAUUUCGACUUUAUGAUAAAAAUCCAGGGCGGAUUAUCCCUCAACAUCAUGAAAAACUGGUUGGAUAGAAGAGCUCCCGAUUUGGCGGGGUAUAUCGCCUUUGGUCAAAAGCGUGCCACUCUGAACGGGCGGGUGACAACGGUCAGUGUAACGGUUGCGAGAGACAUCGACGUACCGGCGAGAACGUCGGUCGAGUCAAUCAGCACGGUCGUGAUACAUGACUUUGUUUUAAUCAUUACGGGGCAAAUUGAGUUUUCUGCCGUGGGGAGGAAUGCGACUGAUAUUUUAAGCGUGCUUAGCCAGGCGGGACUUGAUAGCAAGAAUAUGACCUUGAAUGGGGAUAAGGUUCUCAUGACGACUAAUUCUACCCUGAGGGGGUCGGCACCAUCGCAAUCGGAGUUUUUAGUCUUGCCCUACAAUUCUUACAAGGGUUCGACUGCAGUGAGAAUGAUGGAAGAUUGGAAAAAGAAGAAGAAUCAUGUCGGAGGGAUGGGCGAGGAAGAGUUGUUUAAUUUUAUUGAAUCACACAUUAAUUAACGCUAAAUAAAUAAUAAUGUUCAUAAUUAUGCGGAAUAAAUUGUCUUUAUUUCGACAAUUAAACUA